AUGGCCAAAGAAAUCCUUGCUUUACAAGCAAAUAAUACUUGGGUUGAGGUUGAUUUACCACCUGCAAUCAAAGGUUGGUCCCUCCAUCAGUUGGAUGUCAACAAUGCAUUUCUUCAAGGCGAUUUGGAUGAAGAAAUUUACAUGAAAAUACCUCCUGGUUUAGCUCGCAAAGGUGAGUCUAAAGUUUUUCUCCUUAACAAAUCUAUUUAUGGCCUUAAACAAGCCUCUAGGCAAUGGUUUGCCAAACUUUCUUCAUUUUUGUUAGCUGAAGGAUUUACAAAAUGUCUAUGUGAUCAUUCUCUCUUCACAUAUCAUCGGGGUUCUACCUCUAUUUUCGUUCUUGUCUAUGUUGACGAUAUCAUCAUCUCUGGCACAGAUGAUAACUUUAUUUGUUCUCUUAAAUCACGUCUUGCCUCUCAUUUUUCCAUUAAGGAUCUAGGUCGCUUACAAUAUUUAUUAGGAAUUGAAGUCUCUCGAUCUCCUAAAGGUAUUUUUAUCUGUCAAAGAAAAUAUGUCCUAGAUAUUCUAAAGGACUCAGGGCUCACUAGAGCUCAUGUUUCAUCUUUUCCCAUGGACGCGCAUAUUAAAUUGCUCCCUACAUAUGCAAAAGAUUUAACUGAUCCGAGCUCUUUUCAUCGUCUAAUUGGUCGCCUUUUAUAUCUCACUGUCACUCGUCCUGAUAUUACAUACGCGAUCAAUUACUUAAGUCAAUUUAUGAAGCAUCCACGUACAACUCAUCUUGAUGCUGCUCACCAUGUCCUUCGUUAUCUCAAAGGUACAAUUGGACAUGGUAUUUUUCUGUCUUCUUCCAGUGUACUCUCAUUACAUGGAUACACUGAUUCGGAUUGGGCAGGAUGUCCACUUACUAGACGAUCUACUACAUGCUAUUUUGUUUCCAUAGGUUCUAGUCCUAUUUCAUGGAAAUCAAAGAAACAACCCACUGUUGCUCGCUCUUCCGCUGAAGCUGAAUAUCGUGUCAUGGCUAAUCUUACGACUGAACUUCAAUGGUUACGUUAUCUUUUCAAGGACUUGCAUAUUCCUUGUCCUUUACCUAUCACCAUCUCCUGUGAUAAUCAAGCUGCAAUUCACAUUGCUCAAAAUCCUGUUUUCCAUGAACGUACGAAACACAAAGAAAUUGAUUGUUACUUUGUUCAUGGGAAGUUAAUGAACGGGUUGAUUUUGCCAAAGUAUCUCCCAUCUGCUGAUCAACUCGCUGACGUUUUCACCAAGCCAUUAGGAGCACAACAAUUCGUCCGUUCAGGCUCUCCCGCUCCAACUUGA